UUGCUCCGGGACUGAUCGCUAGCCCAGCCCAGCCCAGUCCCGCCAGCCGAACGAAGCCCUCGCGGCGCCCGGAGAGGAGCGAUGCGCCUUUGGCUGUCCCUGGUGCACCUCUGGCUGAGCCUCUGGAGCGGCGCCGGCGACCCAUCCGGAGCCGCAUCGGAGCGCAGCGAAGAUGAUAGCAUUUCUCAAGUGCUAAAGCUGGGAGAAGAACCAUCCAAAGUUCAGGAUCUACAAGUGAAGUUCGUCGUUCGUACCACCCCAGACCCCGAUGAUGCUGACUGCUAUCUCACUGUCGGUCAAGACCAUCUCCUAGAUGAUUGCAACUUCAACGUCUCCGCAAAGACCUUCUUCGUUAUUCAUGGAUGGGCGAUGGGUGGCAUGUACGAAAGAUGGCUGGACACCCUGGUCUCAGCUCUUCAACAACGUGAGAAGGAAGCCAACGUGGUGGUAGUGAACUGGCUGGCCCUCGCCCAACAACUCUAUACCAUCGCUGUCAACAACACAAGGGUGGUUGGCAAACAACUUGCAGAGCUGCUGGACUGGUUAGAGAUGAAGAAGGAUUUCCAACUGGAGAACGUCCAUCUGAUUGGCUACAGUCUUGGGGCCCAUAUUGCUGGCUAUACUGGAAACUAUGCCCGGGGCACUAUCGGAAGAAUUACAGGCUUGGAUCCAGCUGGGCCGAUGUUUGAGGGAGCCGAUCCCAGCAGACGUCUCUCUCCCGACGACGCUGAUUUUGUGGAUGUCUUGCACACGUACACGAGAGAAACGCUGGGCAUCAGUAUUGGGAUCAAGAUGCCUGUGGGUCACAUCGACAUUUACCCCAACGGAGGAGACAUCCAGCCAGGAUGCGGCCUUACUGAAAUCCUGGGAACGCUCGCUUUAGGAGAGAUUAAGGACCUUGUGAUAUGCGAACACGAGCGGUCAGUACAUCUCUUCGUGGAUUCGCUUGUGAACAAGGAUAAGCAGAGCUUCGCCUUCCAAUGCACGGAUUCGGGACGCUUCAAGAAGGGCAUUUGCUUGAGUUGUCGGAAGAACCGCUGCAACAGCAUCGGCUACAACACCAAGAAGAUGCGCAACAAACGCAACAGCAAGAUGUACCUCAAGACAAGGGCUGGCAUGCCAUUCAAAGUUUUCCACUAUCAGCUGAAGAUCCAUGUCUUCAGCUAUAAAAAUAUGGGAAAAACCGAACCGGCAUUUUCCGUGACCUUCUAUGGGACCAGUGGAGAUUCUGAACCUCUACCUCUGGAAGUAUCUGAUCAAAUUGGCCUGAACUAUACCAACACCUUCCUGGUCUACACAGGAGAAGAUGUGGGUGAUAUUCUAAGGAUCAAACUCACCUGGGAAAUCACCAAGAAGUCCUGGUACAAUUUUUGGAGCCAAAUGAAAAAUUACUGGGCCAAGUCUGAGCCCUCAUCCAAAGAACUGCAGAUCAGACGCAUCCGAGUGAAAUCGGGUGAAACUCAGAAGAAGCUUGUGUUUUGCGCAGAAGACCCUGGGAAGACCGACAUAUCUCCUGGCCAAGAACUCUGGUUUGUAAAAUGCCGAGAAGGGUGGCAAAAAUGGAACCGAACAAUACCAGGAUAAAAUCGGCAUUGAAAUGCCCUCCUCCCGAAGCCUCUCAGAUCCAUCAGGGACCAACCCAGCUGGAAAAAAGCAUUUGGUGCGACGAAAGACAAAAAAGACCAAAACUUGUUUCUGCAGACUUCUUCCUCUGGCUUCCUCACUUGUCAGGACUUGCAAGAGCUUAUAGUUUAAAGAUGGAUCUGUGGGGUUGCUAAGAACUAUCUCAGCGCGAAUGAUAAUUCAGAGAACUUUCUAUAUUUAUGGCUUCUACUUUUUUUAAAAAAAAGAAUAAUUUAUUGGGAGGGAAUAAACCCACCUGUUACAAAGCUGGCCUCUUUUCGGAGAGCCUUUCUGGUUGUGCCUUUGCCAACUUGCCUUGGUCAAUGUUUGGGGCCCUAUGCCUCUUUCACAGGCCCAGUCAAAACAGAUUGCACAUGAUUGCAACACCAUGAUUAAUGUGAACGCAGACAGAGCCAAUCAUAGGAUAUAGAGCAUUGUAGGGUCCUUGGUUCUCUCUGAGCUUGGUGGGUUUUUUUUUUUUGCAGACGUUUCGUUACCCAACUCGAUAACAUCAUCAGUACUAGAAGGGAAUGGGGUUUUCCUUCUGUUUAUGUUGGUGGCAAUGUUCUUGGUGGCUCCUUGACUAAGCUGUUUACUUUAGCUUGUUCCUGGAUUGGGGUCUUGUUUGCUUGCUGAUUCUUGGUCUAGGAAUUAACCUUCGUGUUAAUCUCUAAUAAUCUGGAUGUGGAUUGUUGGUGAGGAAGUGUUGUGGUCUCCCAACAGGGACAGAGCAAACCACAGCUCAACCCUGAGCUACAAAUAAUCUCUUCUACCUUGU